CGGUGGAGGCGGCAAUCAAGGAGGCAGCUGCGCGAGUGGCUUGCCGCCGUCACGCAACAAAAGAACGUGCGUUGGAGCGGGCGUACAGGGGGCGUCGGCGCGUUCUCCUCCUAUCGAUAUAAAGGGUCCGCUCAAUUUUAGGGCCGCCGCGAGGGCCCACCACGUGACUAUGUUGACGACGAGACGGCAGCGCAAGUAGUCCACCGCGACCUCGGGAGUGCCGUCGAGGUUCGGAACAGAGCCGCUUGCCCACGAGUCAGCACAAGCGUAUCGCCUCGAACCGACGGUGCGACAUGCUGCACCCCGACUAAAGCGCAUCAGCCUGCGACCGGUCCCAGCAGCCCGUUCACGCCCUACGAAAAUUUUCAAAGAUGCGUGUCCACGGCAGCGACGUAUGAAUACUGCUGCUCUUAGGACUGCUCUGCAACCCGCCUGCCUUGAAAUGAGCCAGGGUGUUGCGCCGCUGCCUGCUCAUCACCAUGGCGGCCAUCACCAAGAGUGGCUUCCUCAUCAUCGUGUCCUUGGUCCUGUUCCUCUGCCUGUUCAUGGUGGCGCAGAACCGGCAGCCCCUCUGGCGGGUGUUUGACGCCUUCAGUCUGAACGAAUGGUCGUACAGUCCUUUCUACUCGCCGAGCAGUGCCAAUGGAACGAGCCGUCUACCCCGUAUCAUGAUGUGGACAUCAUUCUACGGUUCUUGGUACGGCUUGCUGAAUAACAAAAAGAUCGGUGAAGACUUCACUCGCAAAUGCGCCGUCAAGUGUUCCAUCACGAACGACCGGCGCCUGCUGGCGUCCAGCGACGCCAUCGUCUUCCACGUGCGCGACAUGGACAUGAACGACCUUCCUACGAGGCGUUCCGAGUCGCAGAAGUGGGUCUUCUGGUCUAUGGAGCCGCCACCGUACUCCGUUUUCGCCGGCUUCAAUUACAUGCACAACAUGUUUAACUGGACCAUGUCAUAUAGGCACGACUCUGACAUCUACGAGCCUUACGGGAAGAUCGUGCCUCGCAAUGCCACCGUUGCUUACAAGAAAGACCACAGAGCUCUGUGGAAAUCCAAGCAAAAACAAGCUGUUUGGAUGGUCAGUCACUGCAAUACCGACAGUAAACGAGAAGAGUAUGUCCAGGAGCUGAAGAGGCAUCUCGACGUUGACGUGUACGGCUCUUGCGGUGAUCACGUGUGCCCCAAAGCCAGAGGCAGUGCCUGCUACAACGACUUCGAGCGGACUUACUUUUACAUGCUUGCCUUUGAGAACUCCAUAUGCAGCGAUUAUGCCACUGAGAAGUUUUUUUCGGCCCUUAAAUAUGACAUGGUACCUGUAGUUUUUGGCGGUGCCAAUUAUAGCCAAAUUGGACCUGCCCAAUCCUACGUCGAUGCACUUGCCUUCAAAUCUCCGAAGCAGCUUGCCGAACACCUUAUUGUCCUGUCAAGGAACUACACCGCGUACAGCUCAUAUUUUAAGUGGAAAGAGACUCACCAACUGGUGACGUGGGACGUUGACUUUUGUGAACUCUGUUCUAAGCUGCAUAGCCCCCAGUUUCAGAGGCCAUCGUCGUACAGUGACAUGCGUGUGUGGUGGGAACAUCAGGGCCGCUGUCGGACGUGGGUGAAAUAAGAAAGACGCUUAACUGUGACUCCUACUUCCUGAGCUUUUGCUCUCCGUGGUUGUGUUUCUUUUGAGACGUGCGGCUGCUACUUAAUCAGGGUCAGUAAUACUUAUUUGUGCAGGGUGCUUUUUUUUUUCGUUUUUUUGCGGACACGGCACCAUCGCGAGUGUUUGCACAUACAAUCGCGCUCCACAAAGCUGUCAGCAUGUUGAGUAGAGCACUCGCGAGCCUAGGUUGCGUAUUGCCGCAGAACUACAGUUCCUAGGCGAUAACGUGCCUAGGAGCUUUCAGAUUAGGCGCAACAGCCCACGAGUACAUCGCUAAUGACGGCGAACAAGUACCGGGACCAUAUUAUUGUAUCCUGCGCGCUGGGAUGUCAAAUCAUGAUCAGCGCGUUGAAAUUGCAAGCAAAUAAUAUAAGGUCACCCUUGAAAUCGGCGAUAGGGAUAGCCAGUCUUUCGCUGUGUCACACUGUACAUGUUCAUGUGCACACCCGGCCGCGAAAGCUUUCGGUGCACAAGAUGUAAAAAAAAAAAAAAAAAGUUUCCCCGUACGACCGACGCAUUGCUCGCCGGAAUUCCAAGCUGAGUUGUGAAGUAGCGAACAAAUUAAUGUUUUUGCGAAUUCCGUACUCCGGAAGCUUUUGCGGUUGCCUGUACGUACAACAAAGUCCGUCGAAGCUUCUUACACAGCCGAUUACUGCACAUCUGUUCGGUGUUGCACGCUAUGCCUUAUUGUGGAUGUUGUUAUAUUGUCAGCCAAACAGCUAAACGUAUUUAGACUUUUGGCGUACACACAAUUUGCCUUCGGGAAGCAUUUUGCCAUUUUGCCCAGUGUCUUAUAGAGUGGCUUGUUGACCGUUGACGUGGAAGUUUAAUCGUUUCAUGUGGAGGUGAUAGCUGUGUGCCGAGUAGAAAGUUAAGUAUUAAGAACAGGCUGCUGUAUAUUCAAGAGUCCAAAGUGUUGUGGACACAUUUUUAGCCAAAUGUUGUAGACGAUUCUUGUGUGUGCAUAACGCCAAGGGUGUAUUGUGUUGCUAGUAAACCUGCCGAAAUGUUGAUGUCUGCUUGUGAUAUACAAGAGAGGAAAGAAGAAAAAAACACCAUGAAGACGCAAAACUGUUACCUUCGUCCAUAUUUGCUGGUUGAAAGGGACCCUGAAUCUACAGAAUCAUUGGACGCCAUAAGAGACCACUCCGCUAGAAUUUCUACCGCAAAACGAUUUUUUUUUUUUCGAAAACUUUUCAUCACCGGCGGAGUCAUUGGAGAAUAAAAUUUUUCCUCUUCUGCU